AAUAUUAGCAUGUGUACGGAUAGACGGGAGCAGCUGACACCACAAGUCACCGUCAGUGAAAGACGACCUAUGGGCAGCAACGAUGUGUUCGGCUAAGUGCAAAAAUCCGUGAAAAAACCGUGCUUGAACCGCGUUGAAACCUGAAGUGAUUAUCGACUCUAAUUAGAUUUACGACUUGAACUGACACAUACUCUUAAAUCAAACCCACAAUGAACAAAUCUCCGGCUACCAUCCCCAUCAUCAUCGGGGUAUCACUGCUAAGUAUAGGUGGUGCCUACAUUUACACCCUCCUUAAGAAGAAAAAGGAAGAAUUCGAUGAGUCAACAUCCGAACCGGAUGGGGGAGGUUUCUCCAAGAUUGCAAAACUGGUGCGCAUGAUGAGCAAAGAAGAGAUCAAAUCGGUGGAGAUAACACUAUCGAACAAAGUGAUUCCGCUGGUAGUGGGACGGAAAGGUUACACCUUGCGGCACAUCCAGGACACAACCCAAACCAAUAUACAGUUUCGAGAUCUGGAUGAUUCGCACCAGAUUUGCGAGAUUCGAGGGACGGAGGCGGGCAUCCGCGCUGCCGAAGAUCUGAUCAUGAAGGAGGCUUCGCGGCAGGUCACGCAAACCGAUGAGAUGCUAGUUCCACAGAGUGCGUGUGGGAAAAUUCUGGGACGUUGCGGAGACGAGUUGCAAGAAAUUUGUCGCAAGUCGAUGGCAAAGGUAUGGAUCGAAGGAUCUCGCACGCUAGGAGAUAGUCGUCGCAUCAUGAUCACUGGAACGCCCAAGCAGAUAAGCGUUGCAAAAUCCCUGAUAGCUAACAAAGUUAAAGAAGAUGCCGAACUAAGGAAAAGCCAGGAGCAUUUGGAUAUCCGCCGUGAACCGCGUAUUCGUACCCCUCCGAGUAGCAUCACGGCAACCCCAGUUCCGAGAGAAGUACUUCCACCGACCAUCGAGAAACUCAAGUCAUCAAGCACUUCCAAUCAACUGGAGGUAUUCGUAUCGGCAGUUAUCUCACCGAGUCGGUUCUAUCUACAGCUAGUCGGUCCUCAGUCAUCCGAACUGGAUGUUCUUGUGGACACCAUGACUCAGUAUUACAAUCAGCAGGAUAAUCGCAACCUACACCAGAUACGCAAACCAUAUCUUGGCCAGAUCGUGGCUGCCGAGUUCAACGCCGAUGGAAAAUGGUACCGGGCCGAAGUGAUCGCCAUCCUGCCGAAUGAGUUCAAACCUGGUGAAGUGGUGCUGGAUUUGUUCUUCGUUGACUAUGGUGACAAUCAAUACAUCAAGCCUUCGGAAGUGUAUGAACUGCGGCCGGAUUUCUUAGCGCUUCGCUUCCAAGCCAUUGAAUGUUUCCUGGCACACGUGGAGCCAAACAACGUGAUCAGCUCAACGACGGGUGAGGAAGAGUGGGAUCCGCUGGCAAUCACCCGAUUCGAGGAGCUUACGCAUGCGGCUCAGUGGAAGAAGCUACUCUCCCGCAUUGCGACGUACAAGAAGAAAGGGCACCGAGGCAACCACGAAUCUCGAGAUCGAGAAGGCUCGCCCAUCCCCGGUGUCGAGCUGUUCGAUGUCUCCGCGGAGGGUUCCAAUGUCAACAUUGCACUCGAGCUGGUUACCGAAGGCCAUGCCAAGGUAACUCCGAACUUUGGCGAUCUGUGCCGAAGUCAUGUACUGCGUUUGGACGGAGGCUCCCAGGCCUCUAGCUCCGAAAGACUUAACGACCUUUCAUCGGGGUCCAACACUACGGACACGGUUUCGUCCGUGGUUACAACGAUCCAGCCCAGCCGGAAACCACCGCAGGAUCUAUCCAACGACGAGACUCCCAGUUCAACAACCUCGCCUAAACGUGAACCAGCAUCUCAGCCUAGCAGCUCGGUACCAGUGCCAUCCACUGAGACAAACCCCCAGGAACCGUUCAAAAGUCUCGCCAAUCAGAAGCCAUCAUCCAACGGGAGUCCCAGGGCAGAUGUGACUGCCGCCAGUAACGAUUUCCUGCAAGCUGAAAAGACGACUUCAUCAUCACUUCGAAGCGAAAGUUCAAAAGACUUAACCAGUAAUAGCUACACGAACGGUAAGCCAAACGGAAACGGUUCACGAAUGCAAGAUUGGAACGAAAUCGUAGAAGAAGAGCAGCAAAUCAAUGGUCUGAUGAAUUAGGAUAUAGGGAAACAUUAAGAUUUUUGUCCAACAGUCAAACCGAUUGACUUUUUGUCGACAUUCAUUUUUAUUCAAAUUUGAUACUCGCCCUUACUUUCAAAUCAAUCGAUUAUUGUAAAUAGUUUGAAAUUUGACCAUGAAGUAUAUUAUUUAAAAAAAAGUAUAUAGACUUUUCGUUCCUUUGAAGUUUUCCCAGCUCUGAUUACAUUUUGCGUAGGUAGAUUAAAACUACAUAGAUGAUAAUGAAAUGAACGUACUUAUGACAGAUGAAAUGAUGAAUCAGCAUGUAAAACAUAGAAUGAAAAAUGUGAAUUAUAUUUUUAGAGGAAAAGCGUUAUACAGCACUGUUAUGAGAUGUAUUUUGUAUUAGGAAAACCUAGCUCCAACAAAGAUUCAAUGAAUUCUGAUAGUAGCUUUUGAAGCCCUUAGUUGAUUAAUGUUGAACUCAAAAAUGUCUAUAAUAUGCUAUAUCGUCGAUCAUCAAGGACGAUCAGUUUUAUUGUGUUUAAUAUAUGCAAACAUUUGAUGUUUAAUAAAGAAAUACUUAUAUCGAAAAAA